AUGGAAGCACGUAUCCAAGAAGCUCUUCGAUAUAUUGAACAUUUUUCUGGUGCGAAGGUGGCCACGGUUGCUCGGGAAUUCGGCGUACCACGCAAUCGAUUGCGAUACCGCCUUGAAGGCCGUCCUCCCAAAACAGGCAGACCAGCCACGAAUUUGAAGCUAUCGCGACCAGAAGAGGCGGCUUUGUGUCGUUACAUCGAUCGCCUUGACAAUAUCAACCUUGCGGUACGCCCAGAGUUCGUCACCGAUGCGGCAAAUCACAUCUUGCAUCAGCGAUCUGGUCAAGCCGAUCUCGUUAUUGGUAGCAGGUGGACUUCUCGCUUUCUCAAACGUCACGGCUACUUCAAGAAGCUUCAAAAGAAGCUCCACUCAGAACGUCAAGCCUCCGAAGACCUCACCCGCGUCAAUCAGUAUUUCCAGAGCCUCCACAAGGUCAUCCAAGAGAAGGGUAUACCUCCUGAAGAUAUCUGGAAUAUGGACGAGACCGGAUUUCGGAUCGGAGUUGGCAAAGAUCAAUUGGAGUCUGCCACUGCGAUCGAGGCUAUCUCGGCUGGUGGAGCUUUCAUUCCCGCUUUCUUAAUCCUAUCUGGACAGAUGCACAUGACCUCAUGGUAUCAGAUACCUGGUCUAGAUCCCGAUACAGCUAUCCGACCUACAUCGACCGGCUACUCAAACGACGAAAUUAGUCUGGAAUGGCUUCAACAUUUUGACAAGCAUUCGGCAAAGACCUCGAGAAGCUCGAAGCGUCUGCUAAUUCUCGAUGGCCAUGGCUCCCACCACACAAGGCAAUUCAUUCAGUAUUGCGACGAACACGGCAUCAUUCCAUUCGGUAUGCCCCCGAAUCUCACGCAUCUACUCCAGCCUCUGGAUGUUGUGGUAUUCCAGCCAUUGAAGCACUACCACGCCAAAGCGCUGGAAGUUAUGGCCUGCUUGAAGGUCAGUUUCUCCAAGUGUUCAGCGUCCUACCUUCAGCGACUGAAGCGCGGUCUGCCGGGCGAUAAUCUCCGCCAUCAAGAUGGGCUCAAUAAUGAACAUGGCCGCAAUGCCAUCAGUCGCUUCGUCUUCCCCUUUCAACUUCCCAAAAAUUACGACAUUCUUGCUGUAUCACGAGUCCUUCGCACUGGUCUUGACGCCACAAAGCGGCGCUUUCCACUUUUCAACUGCGAAGUUGUCCCAGACACUCAAUCUGCUCAAGCAAAUGCCUUGAAGAUGCAACAAAUCGAUCCCAACGAAGUUCUUCCUCUUAAGGUCAAGGACUUAAGGGAGCCUCGGGCCUUCCCAAUGUCAUAUGCAGAGCUCAAAGCCAAACGUUUUCCUAUUUCUGCAUUUCAACCAGGGGCCCUGUGUCGAACUCACAUCUGGUCACCAAUCGGCAAGCCAUGGCCGGCUAUUUUGGCCCAAGCAAACUUCAUCGGGGAAGGUUUGUUGCUAAACGUUUGUCUUCAUCACUCGAUUUUCGACGCGUUCACCAUCAACACCUUUCUCAGGAUCUGGGCCGAGGAAUGUCGUGCAGAGGGAUGGGCCGUGUCGGGUUCAGCAACGACCGACGAGGGGCUUCUGGAGGACAGAGACGCCGUGAUCGACUCUGACUGUGCCUCAAAUGGUCUUGAGGGCCGAUCAGAGGAUCAUCCAGAAUAUACGGUACUCACGGACCCCGCAAACCAAGUUCCUGGACUCAAUACGGAAGAUUAUCGAGGACAAGUCUUUCACUUCACUCCGGACGCUCUUGUAAGGCUAAAGCGAGAUGUUUCACGAAACGGUCCCUCCGCGCCAGGCUAUAUUUCUACGACAGACGCUCUCACAGCUCUGGCUUGGAAAUCAGUAAUGCGUGCGCGGUUCUCGCGGACACCUGUCCGGGACGAUGACACGUCCAUCCUCAACAUUUGCGUUGGCGGCCGCACCCGAUUGAAACCUCCAAUCCACCCAGCUACAUUGGGCUGUUUCGUGACGUUUGGCCAAGUUCAACUACCAGUUCGUCAAAUAAUCUCACCGAGCAGUCUACCGGAUGUCACGUCAGCAAUCCGCCGGGCUCUUAUGGACAUUGACGAAAAGUUCAACGGCAGUUAUGCCGGCGACAUCAUGGAAUUUGUUAAGAAACAACCUAAUUUGGCCAUUGAGCCGCGCUUCGCGCUGGCUUUGGCAGCGGCCAUGGCAUCUGCCACGAGCUCGCAUGCCAGCUCAGAUCCCUUCGAUCUGGGUGUUCAUACCCCGCCCAACCUCGCUACACUAGCCCGUGCGGCUCAGCUCCGAACCAGCUCCCCGGCACUGAUCCGCCCGAUCGGUGUCUCACCCCGGCGACCGGCGCAGACGCCGUCCUCGCCCCUAGUCCGACUCUCCAACGCCGCCGCUACGGAAGGAGCGCAGCACGAAUCCACGCCUUACAGGACAGGACCCCCAACCCUGUUACUCUCCAACCAGUUUCUAUCAGCAGACCGAUGCAUACUGUUAGUCACGACGCGUGUCGAUCUUUUCGCGGGUGUCGACGCAGGCGACGCGCUUCGCCCCACCAUAUUCACGGCCUCAGCCGGCGUCUCCAUGAUGAGGCCCCUCAAUGCCUAG